AUGGCAUUACCUUUUAUAAUAAAACAUAAUAGAGUAAGCAUACAAGUUAUCGGUUAUUUUUUGUCUUUGAUUUCUUAUCACAAAAUGGUUCCCAAAAAAUAUUCCAAAAAUAAUAAGCAACAGAGCGUUAGAAGAGAAGUUGCUCCAGAAAUUUUCCAGGAUUCUCAAGCUAGAAAUCAGUUAGCUAGUCAAGAAAAGUUGACUGAAAGGUCGACCAGGAGAAAAGUUAGUAAACUACAGGUCAGUAAAGAGCAAGCUAGAGCUCGAUUAUACGGCACAAAAAAUAAGAAAAAUCAAAUAAACGAAAAGGAUUUAGAUAUCCCUACCCUGAAUAGAGCCAUCAUACCUGGUGUUAAGAUAAAGAGAGGGAAAAAGGGAAAGAAAUUCAUUGCAGAUAAUGAUUCGGUUACUUUGGAUCGUUUGAUUAAGACGAUUGGUGACAAAUAUGAUGAUUUGACUGAAAGUAAAUUAGAGAAAGCAAGGAGACUAGAAGAAAUUCGUGACUUGAAAAGAAAAGAAAUAGAGAGGAAAGAAAGUGCCAAACAAGAUAAACUUGAAGAGAAGAAAGGAGAAAUUAAGAAGAAGGCUUCGGUGGCAAGAAGCUUACGUAGGAAAAACAAACGUGACUCUGUGAAAAGUUCUAUUUCUGAUCGUGCUAACAAUGCUGCGAGUGAUGAGGAUAACAAAAAAAAGAAGAGGAAAUCAGUUUCGUUCGCAUGA